CGCUUCUUUGAUGAGUGUUGUCUUUCAAACAAAUAGUCAGGAUAUUUGCUAAUAUAAAUAUCCAUAGUUUUCAUCAAUGAGAUACUGUUAUCAUCAGUCUAAUAUGAGUAAUGCAUUAAAUGUAUUGUUUAUUGUAUUUAUAAUAACUGUUGCUCAGAUUCAUAAUGUUGAAAGUGGCUUGGGUAGUUUGGGGCCUAAAAAAACAUUAUUUAUGGCAUUCAGAAAUCAGUCACUAGGAGAGAGAUUCAGAGAUCUAGCACGUCACUGUUUUACAAGCGUUGGUACUUGGAUGGUACUUUUAGGAUGAAUAAACUUGACCUUCUAAUGCCACAAUAUAAAUUAGCAUAACUCGAUGUCAUUCUGCUUUUUUUGUUUUGAAAACAGUUAUACUUAAAAAGUGUAAUAAAUGUUUCUUAACUGAGUACACUGAUUUUCCAGUUUAUUUAUUACUAUUAUUAUUAUUAUUAUUG